GAAUGCCCAUCAUCGCCCUCCCCCCUUUGCUCGUCGAGCUCCCCCGCUCUCCCAUCCUCGCAGUAGGCAUCCCCAUCGUCCUAGGCUCCCUCUCGGGGUUCCCGACGCUCAAGGUAGCAGCUUCCAGUUGGUACAACGGCCUUAAGGCUCCCCCUGGAAGGCCGCCAAGGCAGGUGUUCGCAUUCGUCUGGCCGGUGUUGUAUGCCGCGAUGGGCUACGCCUCCCAUAUCGCCGUCAGGUCACUCGACAACUCCCUUUCUCCCGUGACGAAACAAGCUGCCGCGGACGGGCUGGCGCUGUACUGGGGCCAAUUGGCGCUUAACCUCGCUUGGACGCCGAUCUUCUUCGGGCUGAAGAACCGGCUCGUUGGACUGAUCGACCUCAGCGCCCUCACCGGUGCGGCGUACUACAUGACCUACAAGCUGCAUGAAGCGACGGAAGGGAAGACGACGUACUUCCUCGGACCGUACUGUGCGUGGCUUACGUUCGCGCUCUACCUGAACGGAGGGGUGUGGUACAUGAACCGAAACUAUGAACUGAAGGGGAAGGGCAAGGCUGAUGUGUGACAAGGUGAAAGUGUACAUAAAAUUAUCGUUUAGUGCAU